AUUUAAAUUACGAGAGGGGAACCUUUUUAUCUUUUUAUUAUUUAGUGAUAUUCUCAGACAGUUACAACCUUCUCUAAGUCAGUUGUAAUUCAGGACGUUCAGAUAUCCAACAUGGAUUAUAACAGCUCUGGGAGUUAUUUCCUUAUCUCAAUGAGUGCUAAAAGUUUUGCUGCAGUGAAUGUGCCACUCUCUGCGACUGGAAUUCUUUUAAACGUGUUUUUUGUCUUCUGCAUGAUCUUUCCACCACAAGGAGCAGAACUACUGAAACCACUUCUGAAGGUUUUACUGGGAUCACUGGUUGGGUGCAACACUGCUAUUCAUGUUUGCGGCUGUUUAAUAGUUUACUAUGUGUUUGUCAUACACGAUGUGAUUUUAGAUUGGUUAGCAUUAGUUAUAUCAGGUCUGAUUGUAAAUGUUAUGAUGUACACCAUGAUGACCAGCGUUACCUGCUGCCAGUGGAUGAAUAUGUUUUACUUCUGUCAGAUUGUUCCUCCUCAGCAUCCUUUCUUCAUCUGGUUUAAGAAGAACAUCAGAGCUUUAAUUUACUCUGGUUUGAUCUUUAAUGUAGUCCUCUAUGUGUUUGGAAUGACUGCAGAUGUAGCUUAUGCAAUAGUGCAAGUGAAAUUCUACAAUGCAGAUAAUGUAUCGAGUGCAAUGAGGAAUGAGCUGGUGAACUCAGUGGCUCUAAACCACGACAUAAAAUUAGUGAACUUUUUGAGCAGAGUACUCUUAUUCUUGCUCAGUGUUUGUGUGAUGUUGGUAUCGAGCUUUGCAACUGUUCUCUAUCUGUGGAGACACAUGAAGAAUUUAGAGGAGAGUGGCGUCUCCUCUCCUCGCCUCCAGAGACAGAUAAAGGUGAUCAUCACAAGCAUCUUAAUACAGGCGACCCUUAACUUCCUCUGCUCAGUUGGGGUUUUAAUAGAUGAAAUCCUGUCUGAAUACACCGGAGUAGAUUCUGAUGGACUUAUCUUGUUUACCAUCAUCUCUUUGUACUCUUUUGGGACAACCAUUAACAUGGGCAUCACACAGUCUCUGUUUCGGCAGGGAGCCGUUAAUGUUUUGCAAAAACUACAGUAACACUUUAAAAGGCUUUUCAGCCAUGUAAAAUGUACUGUAAAUAAUAUGUUGUACUUUUGCACGGAACUUGAGUUUGGCAAAUGUACAGAUUGA